CAAGAUGGCGGCCAGGGGCAACAACGCUCCGAAACAGCUGUACAGUAUUUUGUUCAAAAUAGCUAGGCAACUGGACAAAAAUGACGAGUUAGCGGGCAUGAAGUUCCUGUGCACUGAUAUAAUUGGUCACGGUAGACUUGAAGAGGUCGACACGCCCCUAACGUUGUUCAGAGAGCUGACAAAAAUCGGGAGUAUCACAGAAACUGACUACAGCUUCCUUGAAUACCUUCUGGGCGAACAUGGGAUCGGCCGUCAUGACCUCUUAGCUCUACUCACAACGCUUCGGAAUGAGCAAAACACACAUCAGCUAGUAUCACCACAUCAGCCCUCCUCAGCAAACCAGUUUCAACAGCCUCCAGAUCCUUCAGCAAGACCACCUCUUCCAAAUCUGCAGACUGCCCCAGCUAUAGCACGGCCACCGAUAUCAUCCCCCCAACAUGCUGAUGCCCCAACAAGUCCUCAACAAAGUACGUCUACCCCAGGAACAGGCAGCCCACAUCCUGGACCCCUUGCCAGCCCUCCUACACCGCCACAUGACACCAUCCCUAAACAAGUCCCCAUGCACGCUCCCACAACAGGUAACAGUAUGUCAUCUUACCAAACCCCUCCGAAACAGCUCCUAUGCCAUGGGGAAGUGCAGUCCCACUUGGAGGAUAAACAGACAACCACGCAUGAAAUGGGAGAGCAAUGGGAGCAUGCUAGUGAAGCACAACGAAGCGAGCAUGAAGAUAUCCCUACAUCUCCCAAACAGUUCCAUGGCUCUGACACAGUGGGUUGUCUCUACAAAACCCCCACAUUGACUGAGUUCCGCCAGCAAACUCACAAUGCUACAGCUGCCAUACACAGGGCAAAGCAUCAACAAGAAGAAAUCCAGAACGAAGAAAAGAUGACAAGUGUAGCAGAGAUACAAGAGCAGUUGGGCCAACUUCACCUUCCAGACACAGUAGGUAGCAUGGACAAGACCACCAGCCAUGCCGAGAUGCAGCAACAACUCCACGCAGCUCAACUUCCUGCAGUGCCUGCUGGAAUCCACCAGGGGGCAUUGUCAAAUGAAGAAAACGAUCUCGACCUGAUGGAAGUGAACAAACAGUGGGAAGAGGAGCAAGCUAUAGCCUCCUCACAACAAGCUGGAAUACUUUCAAGAACACCACUACAGCAACAGUCUAACAACAGCAACACCCCCACCCAGUCUUCCCCUAGUACUACGCGUAAUCUCGAUGACGAUGUAGUUGAAGAUUCGCCAAGUGACAUGCAGGGUGUCAAAGAAGCUGCAUCUUCCACAGAGUAUAGGACACUCCAUGACAUCCCCUACCAGAGCCCAAGUAGCAACUUCAGCAGCAACAUUGGCCAAUCUCCAGUCCUCAGUGGUAGCAAGUCAUCAGAAGAAGACCUGGAAGUUGACUCACCCACCAGGCCUGAAGAUCUGGAGACAGGCCCGGUGGUUAGACCUAAGGUAAGGCCUGUGUCUAAAUCUCCUGAGGCGAUGAGGGCAAGUCCUAACUGGCAAGACGUGGCACAAGAUUUGCCAGAAGGGCAGAAUUCGGAAAAGGUAACUCUGAGAGAAUACCAGAAGGAGUUAGCAAGAUCUGCUCUUCUAGGGAAGAAUGUGAUCAUCACGUGUGCUACCGGCAGCGGUAAGACCCUAGUCAGCGCGCUGACGGCUAAAAAAGCCUGGAGCGAAGCUAAGGCAAGAGGUCUCCCCUUCAAGGCCUUGUUCAUCGUGCCUAUCAGAAACCUCACCAAGCAGCAGAAGGAUCAGUAUGAGAUGCUCUUCCCUCUGGGAGUGGUUCAAGAAAUCGGGGACACCGAAGAGCUCAGCGAAGCCCUGAAGAAAAAAGAUAUCGUGAUGCUGACCGCACAGAUUGUUGUCAACUCCCUGAAGGCGGGGACUCUUGAUCUCACCGACCUUGAUCAACUCAUCCUUGAUGAGUGUCACCACACCACCCUGGACCAUCCCUACAACCAGAUCAUGCGCCACUAUCUCAUGAGGAAGGAUGAGCUCAAGACGGCAAAUCCCCAACAGAAGAGGUUACCACAGGUCAUCGGCCUGACUGCAUCCCUCGGCGUUGGAGAAUCAGGGAAUGCUCUACAGCACCUGAUCAGGCUGUGCGCCAGUCUGGACGCCAGCCGUGUGGACCACGUAAAGGAGAACAAGGGAGAGCUGCGUAGGCACGUCUUCACGCCAGACGCCAUCCACAUCCUGUCGGGCCAGCCGCGCAGGCCGCACGACCCGUUCAGCACAGCGCUGGACAGCCUGAUGCAGAGACUGGAGAGUCGGGUGUUCACGGACACGUGUCCGUACGACCGCGGGACACAGCAGUGCGAGAACUGGAUUGUGGAGAGGAAGAAGGAGGCCGAGGCUACGUCCGCGAGAAAGGAACUGAUCGUGGCCGAGUACCUCUUCAACUUUAACAGGGCACUGAGAAUGUACACCAAACUGCGAGCAGUGGACGCUAUCGACUACCUCGAUGAUAAGAUCUACCAGUCCCGUGAGGAGUUGAAGGGCCCGCCCAAACUUCCGAUAGAGAAGUUCUGCUACCAACAGUACGGUGAGAUCAGGGAUGAGCUCUGUGUGUAUGCGGAGGAAGAGGAGACCAAGUUUCCCAACCCCAUGCUGCAGCAACUCAGGAGCCUACUCAUUCAGAAGUUCAACGAGGAAGAGUCCUAUGGUAUUGUGCUAACACAACAGCGUAGGGAGACAGAGGCUAUUAUCCGGUAUGUGGAGGAACAAGAGGUGCUAGAUGGGAAGAUGCGUGCCAAGCGCCUGGUGGGGCAAGGAAAACUGGAGGACAAGGCUAUCACUGAUGCACAGCAGAUGGCAGUGUUGAAGAGUUUCAGGAAAGGGAUUAAAUCUGAGGAUGGCUGCAACCUGCUGGUGGCAACAGAUGUGGCCCAGGAGGGUUUGGACAUGCCUAAGUGCAACUUUGUCAUCCGUUACGACUUUGUCUCCAAUGAGAUUGGAUCUGUGCAGGCUCGAGGGAGGGCGCGCGCCAAGGACGCAGAGUGCUACCUCCUGGUUACUGCUGGCUCUACCAAUGAGAGGAGAGAACUGGAGAACCAAGAAAAGGAGAAGUUCAUGAUGGAGGCACUGGAAGAAAUGGACAAACUAACUGAGGUGGACUUUGACACCAGAGUCAAAGCAGAACAGAUAAUACAGUUGGAGAGCUGGAAAGCAAAGCUGAGGAACAAAUCCACAAGAAGCAGUGCCAUGGAAGCGAAAGAUGUUUACGUGUACUGUAGACAGUGUAACUACACUGUCUGUGACGGCACACAGAUCAUUCAGAAAGGUUCCAACUACAUCUGUCGGGAGCCAUCUCUUCCUAAGAAAUGUCAAAUAGUCUACAAGGCUACUCCACAAGUAUUUCGGACCACAGACAACAUUGGUAUCAUUUUCUGUGGCAACCCAACCUGUAGGAAUCAGUAUGGUCCAAUCAUCAAGUACAAAAAAGGACAGGAGGAGACUGCCUAUGGGAUGAAUGUGAAGAGUUUCCUGUUUGACUGUGGUGAUGGACAGCUGAGGGCCAUCUCCAAGUGGUCCAAGGCACCAUUCCCCAUCACUGAGGAACCUUAUGUAUAAAACGAUACUGUAAAUCACUUUAUGAUUGCGGUGGCAAAAGUUCACCAUCUGAGAAAAAUGGACAUGUUCACAGAACUAUAUGUUCAUGGU